GCAAUAUUCCACACGAAACCAACAACCUCGAGCUAGUUCGCCGUUUCUUCCCACUUUCCCCUCCGGCUCCCGCAUUCCGCCCGCUACGGUAGACCAGUGAUCCCAUUUCUGCUCACACCAUAAAAACCCCACACAGAGAGGCGUGGAAGAGAGGAAAGGAGAAAACCCCAUCUUCCAUUUUGCGCUGCUCUUGUUCUUCUUCCUUCGUGAAGAGUGUGAUUGACUGUAAUAUACGGUCUUUUGGCUCGAAUCGCCGACUCCUCCCUGGAGGUUUUGUGAUCUGUCGAUUUUCGGAGGUCCCCGGGAGAUUCGAAGGGUUUGGUAUAUAUACACGUCGGAGGUUCGUUCAAUCGAGGGAGGAUGGAAGCAGCAGCUACGGCUUCUGUGGUCGUCCAAUCGUCCGGCGUCGGGUACUCGACGCAGUCGGCUUAUGUCGGUCGAUUAGGGUUUCUCUCCGCAAGUGGACCUGAUUUCGUGCGGGUAUCUUCUUCCUCUGCCAGGCAAUUCUCCUCUGGAUUAGGCUUCAAGUCUGGGCGGAGAAGAGUAUCCUUGACAAGUAGAAGAUGCUCCAUCGUUAGGGCAUCCACAUCUUCAUCAUCUCCUCAGCCAGACUCCACGGAUGGAUCGAUUUCGUCAAUCGCUCCCCUGCAGUUGGAGUCUCCAGUGGGACAGUUUCUAUCUCAGAUCCUACUCAGUCAUCCUCAUCUUGUGCCAGCAGCAGUGGAGCAGCAGUUGGAGCAGCUUCAGACUGACCAUGACUCAGAGAAGCAGAACGAUGAUCCUUCUGCUGCGGGUACAGACUUGGUGUUGUACAGGAGAAUUGCCGAGGUGAAGGCCAAUGAAAGGAGAAAGACACUGGAAGAGAUCUUGUAUGCAUUAAUCGUGCAGAAAUUUAUGGAUGCGAAUGUCUCCCUGGUGCCAACUCUGGCCCCACCUUCUUCAGACCCAUCUGGCCAGGUUGAUUCGUGGCCAACCGAAGAGGAGAAGAAGCUCCAGCAGCUUCACUCUGACGAGGCCUACGAGAUGAUCCAGAACCACCUCUCCCUCAUACUCGGGAAUCGGUUAGGAGAGUCAUCAGCUGUUGCCGAGAUAAGCAAGCUUCGCGUGGGCCAGGUCUAUGCAGCUUCUGUGAUGUACGGCUACUUCCUGAAGCGUGUAGACCAAAGGUUCCAGCUUGAGAAGACGAUGAAAGUUCUUCUAAAUCAUCAGCAAGACGCGUUGGAGCAUGAUGUGAAGACCAGUGGCACAGAUGGUUCGUACGAGGCUGUGGAGUCCCACCCAGAAGCAGCGCCAUCUGGUUGGGCUGGUGGGAUCAGUCCCGGUGGGUUUGGCUCCGGGAUCAAGCCCUCUCGGCUGAGGAGCUACGUGAUGGGCUUUGAUGGCGAGACGCUUCAGAGCUACGCGACAAUCAGGUCGAAGGAGGCUGUCACCCUCAUCGAGAAGCACACCGAGGCACUGUUUGGAAGACCGGAAAUCAUGAUAACUCCUGAAGGCACCACCGAUACGUCAAAAGACGAAGUCGUCAAGAUUAGCUUUGCUGGUUUGAAGAGGCUUGUGCUGGAGGCCGUGACUUUCGGUUCUUUCCUGUGGGAUGCUGAAGGGUAUGUAGAUUCCAGGUACCGUUUGGUUAUGAAUUAAGUAGUGUCAAGUGCGGUGGAAGGAAGAACCUGUUGUGGUGAAAGGCUUGGCUGACCAUAUGUGAACGUGCUGCGACAGACGAGUGUAAAUCUGGUAGUGUGUACCGUUUGGACGUGGGAACUGAUUAGUUAUGGUGUAAAUAAGUCAUGAAACUUCUUCUGUUCUCUCUAGCCUUUUUAGUUGUCUUUUCCCUUGUUUAGUCUGAGAGGAUGAUAAGUAGUGUACCUUAGGCAUGUUAAGGAAUUCAAAGGUCUCGUUUGGGAUUCUAGAUUUUAGAUUUAAUGGUUUUAUGGAAACACCAGAUUUCUUUUUGUUUUCUUUGGUAGAAAAUGAAGUACCAGAAUUCGGUUUGCUGAUACUGAUAUUGAGCAUUUCUGCGAAGUGUGAAGCAGGAGUCAGGGAAAUGCAAACGAUACAUGAAUGUUUAUUAACUGGUUUAUUACUAAAUCAAUAUAAUACAUGUCUCUGAAUUUCCAACGGAA